ACGGAAGAGGAGGUAGCGGCGCGGAGAUCCCGGCGACGGCGGUGAGGCGGCGCGUCGCCGCGCCUGCUCCCUGAUCGUGCUGCUCGCGCUGCCCGAGGCCCGGCGCGGACUGGACCGACGCGAUCCUCGCGCAGGCAGCUCUCGCGUGGGGUCUCGCAGAAGCCCGGGAGGGCCGGGCCGGCGAGGGAGCGUCUGCCGCGCGACACUGCGGGACCGCGGGUGGGCGGGCUGAGGGGCGGAGGAGCUGCCGACCCCGCCUCCCGCGUGCUGCUGCUGUAGCCGCCACCGCUGCGGCCCCGCCGAGGCUUUAAACAGCGGGGCCCGCCCCGCGCCCACUGCACUCGCGCGCCGACUCGGCUGCCGGCGGCGUUUGUGCCGGUCCGGGCUAGCGGCGGCGGGCGGGCGGAGGGGCGAGCGAUUCCGUCACUUGGCGUUGCGGCCGCGGGCACCGCCGGCGGGAGGCGCGGAGGGCGUGCAGCCCGCGACGUCCGCCAGGCUCUCAGAGUCUGCCGGGGGUCUGGCAGCGAUGGAACCGGGGCCCACGGCGCCCUCCUCCGGCGCCCCGAGGCUGGCCGGGGUCGGGGAGACUCCUCCAGCUGCCGCGGUGGCCGCCGCCGGGGUGGACCUGCCCGGCACGGCCGUGCCCUCAGUGUCGGAGGAUGCUGCGGCCACGAGCCGGGGCGGCGGCGGGGUCCGCGGUGAGGGCGCCGCGGCGGCCGGGGACGGACUGGGAAGACCCUUGGGGCCCACCCCGAGCCAGAGCCGCUUCCAGGUGGACCUCGUUUCCGAGAACGCGGGGAGGGCUGCAGCGGGCACGGCGGCUGGUGCAGGGGCUGGGGGUAAGGAGACCCCAGCGGACGGGAAAGCUAGCGGCGAAAGCGGGCCAGGCAAGGGCAGCGAGGAAGCCAAGGGCCGCUUCCGCGUGAACUUCGUGGACCCGGCUGCCUCUUCAUCUGCUGACGAGAGCCUGUCGGAUGCGGCAGGGGUCGGAGGCGACGGGCCCAACGUGAGCUUCCAGAACGGCGGGGACACUGUGCUCAGCGAGGGCAGCAGCCUGCACUCCGGCGGUGGCGGCGGCAGUGGACAUCACCAGCACUACUACUAUGAUACCCACACCAACACUUACUACCUGCGCACCUUUGGCCACAACACCAUGGACGCCGUGCCCAGGAUCGAUCACUACCGGCACACCGCAGCGCAGCUGGGCGAGAAGCUACUCCGGCCCAGCUUGGCCGAGCUCCAUGAUGAGCUGGAAAAGGAACCUUUUGAGGAUGGCUUUGCCAAUGGGGAAGAAAGUACUCCAACCAGAGAUGCUGUGGUCACAUACACUGCGGAAAGUAAAGGAGUUGUGAAGUUUGGCUGGAUCAAGGGUGUAUUAGUACGUUGUAUGUUAAACAUUUGGGGUGUUAUGCUCUUCAUUAGAUUGUCAUGGAUUGUGGGUCAAGCUGGAAUAGGUCUGUCAGUUGUUGUAAUUGUAAUGGCCACUGUUGUGACAACUAUCACGGGAUUGUCUACUUCAGCAAUAGCUACUAAUGGAUUUGUACGUGGAGGAGGAGCAUAUUAUUUAAUAUCUAGAAGUCUAGGGCCAGAAUUUGGUGGUGCAAUUGGACUGAUCUUUGCUUUUGCCAAUGCUGUUGCAGUUGCUAUGUAUGUUGUUGGAUUUGCAGAAACCGUGGUGGAGUUGCUUAAGGAACAUUCCAUACUUAUGAUAGAUGAAAUCAAUGAUAUUCGAAUUAUUGGAGCCAUUACCGUGGUGAUCCUCUUAGGUAUUUCAGUGGCUGGAAUGGAAUGGGAAGCAAAAGCUCAGAUUGUUCUUUUGGUGAUUCUCCUACUUGCAAUUGCUGAUUUCGUCAUAGGAACAUUUAUCCCAUUGGAGAGCAAGAAGCCCAAAGGUUUCUUUGGUUAUAAAUCUGAAAUAUUUAAUGAGAACUUUGGACCAGAUUUUCGAGAGGAAGAAACUUUCUUUUCUGUAUUUGCCAUCUUUUUUCCUGCUGCAACUGGUAUUCUUGCUGGAGCAAAUAUCUCAGGUGAUCUUGCAGAUCCUCAGUCAGCCAUACCCAAAGGAACACUUUUAGCCAUUUUAAUUACUACGGUGGUUUACAUAGGAAUUGCAGUAUCUGUAGGUUCUUGUGUUGUUCGAGAUGCCACUGGGAAUGUUAAUGACACUAUUGUAACAGAACUAACAAACUGUACUUCUGCAGCCUGCAAAUUAAACUUUGACUUUUCAUCUUGUGAAAGCAAUCCUUGUUACUAUGGCCUAAUGAACAAUUUCCAGGUAAUGAGCAUGGUGUCAGGAUUUGCACCAUUAAUUUCUGCUGGUAUCUUUUCAGCCACUCUUUCUUCUGCAUUAGCAUCCCUUGUGAGUGCUCCCAAAAUAUUUCAGGCCCUUUGUAAGGACAACAUCUACCCAGCUUUCCAAAUGUUUGCUAAAGGUUACGGGAAAAAUAAUGAACCUCUUCGUGGCUACAUCUUAACGUUCUUAAUUGCUCUCGGAUUCAUCUUAAUUGCUGAGCUGAAUGUUAUUGCUCCAAUUAUUUCUAACUUCUUCCUUGCAUCAUAUGCAUUGAUCAAUUUUUCGGUGUUCCAUGCGUCACUUGCAAAAUCUCCAGGGUGGCGUCCUGCAUUCAAAUACUACAACAUGUGGAUAUCACUUCUUGGAGCGAUUCUUUGCUGCAUAGUGAUGUUCGUUAUUAACUGGUGGGCUGCAUUGCUAACAUAUGUAAUAGUCCUUGGGCUGUAUAUUUAUGUUACCUACAAAAAACCAGAUGUGAACUGGGGAUCCUCUACACAAGCUCUGACUUACCUAAAUGCACUGCAACAUUCGAUUCGUCUUUCGGGAGUGGAAGACCAUGUGAAAAACUUUAGGCCACAGUGUCUUGUUAUGACAGGUGCUCCAAAUUCACGCCCAGCUUUACUUCAUCUUGUUCAUGAUUUCACAAAAAAUGUUGGUUUGAUGAUCUGUAGUCAUGUACAUAUGGGCCCUCGAAGACAAGCCAUGAAAGAGAUGUCCAUUGAUCAAGCCAAAUACCAGCGGUGGCUUAUCAAAAACAAGAUGAAAGCUUUUUAUGCUCCAGUCCAUGCAGAUGAUUUGAGAGAAGGUGCACAGUAUUUAAUGCAGGCUGCUGGUCUUGGGCGUAUGAAGCCCAAUACACUUGUCCUUGGAUUUAAGAAAGACUGGUUGCAAGCAGAUAUGAGAGAUGUGGAUAUGUACAUAAACAUAUUUCAUGACGCCUUUGACAUACAAUAUGGAGUAGUGGUUAUCCGCCUAAAAGAGGGUCUGGAUAUAUCUCAUCUUCAAGGACAAGAAGAAUUACUGUCAUCACAAGAGAAAUCUCCUGGUGUCAAGGAUGUGGUACUAAGUAUGGAGUACAGUAAGAAGUCGGAUUUAGAUACUUCAAAACCAUCUGAUGAGAAAGCUGUUACACACAAAGAUGAGGAAGAGGAUGGCAAGACUCCAACUCAACCACUGUUGAAAAAAGAAUUCAAAGGCCCUGCUGUGCCCUUAAAUGUAGCUGACCAAAAGCUUCUUGAAGCAAGUACACAGUUUCAGAAAAAACAAGGAAAGAAUACUAUUGAUGUCUGGUGGCUUUUUGAUGAUGGAGGUUUGACUUUAUUGAUACCUUAUCUUCUGACUACCAAGAAAAAGUGGAAAGACUGUAAAAUCAGAGUAUUCAUUGGUGGGAAAAUAAAUCGAAUAGACCAUGACCGGAGAGCGAUGGCUACUUUGCUGAGCAAGUUCCGGAUAGACUUCUCUGAUAUCAUGGUCUUAGGAGAUAUUAAUACUAAGCCAAAGAAAGAAAAUAUUGUAGCUUUUGAUGAAAUGAUUGAGCCGUACAGACUUCAUGAAGAUGACAAAGAACAAGAUAUUGCAGAUAAAAUGAAAGAAGAUGAACCAUGGCGAAUAACAGACAAUGAGCUUGAACUCUAUAAAACCAAGACCUACCGGCAGAUCAGGUUAAAUGAAUUAUUAAAGGAACAUUCAAGUACAGCUAAUAUCAUUGUCAUGAGUCUGCCAGUUGCCCGGAAAGGUGCUGUCUCUAGCGCUCUCUAUAUGGCGUGGUUAGAAGCUCUAUCGAAGGACCUACCACCAAUUCUCCUAGUCCGUGGGAACCAUCAGAGUGUCCUUACCUUCUAUUCUUAAAGGCCCUAUACAGUGGACAGCCCUCUAGAUGGUACUUGAGUGCCUAGUGAAGUCACUGAAAUCUUCAAUGACACAUUAACAACACAAUGGCGAACUGUGACUUUUCUUUCACUUUUUCAUUAAUUUGAAAGCACACAGGGAAGUUGCUCCACUGAUAUGUGUAUGGAGACUUCAGUUUUAGUCAGUUCUGUAUUUCAGUCUUAAUGAAUGAUGAUGAUUCCUUGUUGUUGGACUGAAGCUCACGAGAGUAAAGUUUUCCUUUGCUACUUGAAUAGCAAUAAAAGUGUGUUAUUUUGUGAUUGAUGAAAGGAGUACAAAAAGCCUUUAGCCUUGAGGUGCCUUCUGAAAUUAACCAAAUUUCAUCCAUAUAUCCUCUUUUAUAAAUUUAUAGAAUGUCAAAUUUUGCCUUCAGCUGUUAUUUUCGUUUCUAGUCUCUCCCACUUAAAAUGAAAUGGACACUGCUUUCUUCUUCCAUUGACCAAUUAGUGUUGAGUACUGUAUGUUUUCUAUUACUUUUAUAAAGGUAUCUGUUAGAUACUAAAGGCAAGAAUUAGGGCAAGUUAAUGAAAAAUG